CACAAUUUAAUAAUUUUGUUCUUUACAGGAAAUGGUAAAUAUCAAUGGACUAAGGAGACCACAAAACUUCUAAUAGAAGAAGUUAGAAACCAUUUAGUAUUAUUAAAUAAUAAAAAUUAUAUGCAAAAAAAGUAGAAAAGCAUAGCAAAUAAAUUCAAUGAAAGAGGAUACAACAUAACAGAGGAACAAUGUAAUAUUAAAUGGAAGAAUUUGAAGCGAAAAUAUACAAGUGUACGAGAUCUUAAUAAUCAAACUGGUAGAGCUAGACAAUCUUGGGAAUACUUUGACAUGAUUGAUGAAAUCAUUAACACUAAACCCGAAGUAGCACCUAUAUCAAUUGCUUCUAGUACACAUGGAUUUAGAAUAAGACAAUCAAAUACGUCUACAGAACAAAACGAGGCAUCAUCUACCGACGAAAAUAAUUCAGCAGCAGUCAAUACUUCUUAUAGUACAAGACGUCAUAUUAGGAAACGCCGACAAAGUGAUGAACCUAGAUGGGUAAAAACACUCUGCGAACAAAGAAAAGCUCAUCAUGACGAAAACAUAAAAAUGCAAAAAACAUUUUGACGUUAUUUGAGAAAUAUGUACAGAAAGAUAACUCACACUAAAAGUAAAAAUAAAGUAAAAGCAUCUGAUGAUUUAUAUCUGUA